GGCACAGUGCAGAUUCAGGAGAGGCAAAGGAUUGUGGAGAAGAGUCGUGUGAUUGAGCUGGACGUGCCUUGUAAAAGAGAGCUGGAUGUUAUAAAUAAGGCCCAAAGACGAGAUUUAUUCGAGCAGCUCAUGCAAACCAAAAGCCGGAUGGAGAGCCGGGAGAAAGAUCUGACCGCCGAGAACCAGAAGCUUAAAAUCUCUCUUGAGCGAGAAGAAGCGUCUCUGUCGGCCCUUCAGGAGGAGCUGUUGGUCCUGCGGGGAAAGAUCCGAGAGCUGGAGGACAGAGGAGCCGGAGCCCAGUCCAUCCAGAGCGAAAACCAGCGGCUGAAGGGACACUUGCAGGAGGAGAAGCAGAAACUGCGCAGCUUCAUGAGCCAGAGAGAAGCUCUGAUGGCUGAGGCUCAGCUGCUGCGGAAAGAGCUGGAAAAGGAGCGAAUAACCACUGAAAAUCUGAAGGAAGAAAUCAAUCGGAAAGAGGAGACCGGAGAACUACAGGCAAAACUUGAGGAGCUGCAAAACAAGCUGAAGUUUGAGCAGCAGCGCUCCGAUCUGUGGGAACGACUGUAUUUGGAGAUGAAGGAAGAGCGAGCGAAAGGAGACCGAGACGUGAAGAAGACGAAAAUCCCCAAAGAUGGGAUGCUGGGAAAAGUGAAGGAAACGUUCGACGCCAUGAAAAACUCCACCAAGGAGUUUGUGCAUCAUCAGAAGGAGCAGAUAAAAAAAGCCAAAGAGGCGGUGAAGGAAAACCUGCGCAAGUUCUCCGACUCCGUUAAAUCCACGCUCAGGAAUUUCAAAAACUCAGCGACUAACGUUUUUAGUCACGAAAAGCGAUUUCAGGAGCAGCAAACCUUCCAGCAGGAGCACGGAAACAAACGUGCUGACGAUUGGCAGCCGCAGAAACCUUUAUACUCACGUAAACCCACCGGCGACUCUUCGUUCAAUGCCGAACGCAAUACGCGCAAACCCGGCGCACAAAAAACACCCCCAAAAGGAUGUUCAGGGGUCUACGAUUGCGCCUACCAGGAAUCGAUGAGUUUGUUCAAUAAAGCCAUGGAGCCCAUUCGCGCGGAUGAGUUUAACGAACUCCUGCACAGUUAUUUGCAGAAAGAAGUGGGUCAUUUCCACCACUGGAGGGAGCUGGAGAGCUUCAUCAAUAACUUCUUUCAUAACGGCGUCUUCAUCCACGAUCAGAUGCUGUUUACCGACUUUGUCAGCGGCGUUGAGGAUUAUCUCGAGGAAAUCAUCGAAUAUCACGGUCUCAGCGAUGAUGUGUUCGAGGACCUGGAUGAUUAUAUAUAUCGGCACAUAUUUGGAGAAACGUACAUAAAAUACUAUGGGCCGAGUCGCGCCUUGGAAGGGCCGGGGUCAAAGGUCAAGGCGUGGCGUCCCUGCCAGCGCCCACAGAGAAAGCAGCAGCAUCAGCCUCGACCUCGACCUCACAGAGCCAAGAAAUGGAGCCAGCACUCAGGACGAGACCCGAACCGACAGUUCGCAGAUGUCAAAAUAGAGCUGGGCCCGAUGCCUUUCGAUCCCAAAUACUAGAAUAAACAUUUCUCUGCUUCUCAAACACCAUCAUCCGUAGUUUAGUUUUGCAUUGGAGGAAGCUUCAAGUUCACUUUUCCCUGCGAAUAUUUGUAGUUUUUUGCACAUGGAAAUGUCCUAAUGCUGGUUGACUGAUUUCUUUCUGCACUUUUUCAUGCAGAUCUCAUUUUUUAUGUCAUGCAAUAUUUAAUUUGAUGUUUCCCGGAUUCUCUAAACUCGGAUUCUCUAAACCAGGGGUGCUCAAACCUGCUCCUGGAGAUCCUGCAGAUUUCAGUUGCAACUCUGACCAAACACACCUGCCUGUAAUAAUCAAGUGCUGUUUGGGUUCUAAUUGAUUGGUUCAGGUGUGUAUGAUGAGGGUUGGAGCUGAACUCUGUAGGAACCCUGCUGAAAAAUCCAGCUUAAACCAGCCUAGGAUGG